CAACCCCCUCAACUCCCUGCAACAAUACAACAUGACUUCCCGCGAAUCACACCGAAUAAAGGAUGCCGAAAAGAAGCGUGUCCUGGACGAGGCGGCCCGUCAACGACGCGCACGGAAAGCACUCGAGGCUCUGGAGCAAGACAACUUCCACGAUGACCCCCACGCCGACUUAGUUAUGUCGAAAAAAGUUCCUAAAUUUCAUGACAACCUCGAAUCAGGAAGGACACGUAAAACAAAGAGAAAAGGCGCCGAGUAUUAUAGAGCUAAGUACAGGAAGAAUUUCAUACAAUUACUGGAGGAGGACAAGGCGCACCGACCCGAUCCACCGAACUACUGCAGUGCUCAGGCGCCUCCAUCUAGACUUCCCCAGCGGCAUUUCUGCGCAGUUUGCGGGAGCUGUUCCAACUACACUUGCACGGCAUGCGGAACUCGGUACUGUUCUGUGAAAUGUCUUGGGACUCACCAGGAUACCAGAUGUCUGAAGUGGACGGCGUAGAUCCUUCAAUAUCGUAGCCGGCGUAGAUCCUUCAAUAUCGUAGCCGGCAAUUAAUAACAAAAGCAUUGAAAUGUCAGUGCGGGACGUCAACAUAUUUUGUACAGAUAAAUUCCCACUAUUUUGGGUUGAAUGUUUGUUAGGUUAGGUUUGCUAUAAUAAAUUGAAUUUAAACCAAUUGGA